AAUCAACUCUAUAGUCUGUGGUUACUCUUUUUUUUCAAAAGAGAAGCUUGUUCAAUUUCUCUUUGUAUUAAUAUAGGUAAUUUUGCUUAGAUAUAGUUUAAAAUUGUGAUAUUUAAUUAGGUUUUCGCCCAAUUAAAGUUGUAGUUAUUAAGUUAACGAAAUCCAUUUACCUGAAGUAGGAAUCCUCAUUUAAUUUCGUCUAUGACAGAUCGAUUCGGCGUACUUGGUUAUUGAAACUUGAAAUUGCAGGUUAUAGUGUUUAAUUUAUAGUGUUUUUGCUCGUGUUCUCUCUCUAUUAGCUUAAAAUGGAAAGCAUGGAUGUUGCGCUAGAGAGUACUUCAUCAGCAUCCACGCCCGCGACGGAAAAUGGACCGGAUAAAAAUGUGACAGCGGAGGAAAUGACCUCGCGGGACUAUUAUUUCGAUUCUUACGCACAUUUCGGCAUCCACGAAGAGAUGUUGAAAGAUGAAGUCCGCACCCUCACGUAUAGGAAUGCCAUGUAUCAUAAUAAGCAUCUGUUCAAGGGAAAAACUGUUCUAGACAUAGGAUGCGGGACCGGCAUCCUGUCGAUGUUCGCGGCGAAGGCCGGCGCUGCGCGGGUCAUCGCUGUGGAGUGCUCUAACAUAGUGGACUACGCCCGCAAGAUCAUUGAGGCUAAUAGACUUAGUGACGUCAUAGAAAUUGUCAAAGGAAAGGUAGAAGAAGUGGAACUGCCCGUGGAGAAGGUGGACAUAAUAAUAUCAGAGUGGAUGGGUUACUGCCUGUUUUAUGAAAGCAUGCUGGACACUGUGCUAUAUGCCCGCGACAAGUGGCUGCAUCCUGAUGGCAUGCUGUUCCCUGACAGAUGCACACUGUUCAUCUGCGGGAUAGAGGACCGGCAGUACAAGGAUGAGAAGAUCAACUGGUGGGACGAUGUGUACGGGUUUGACAUGUCCUCCAUCCGGAAGGUGGCCAUUUCCGAGCCCCUCGUCGACGUGGUGGAUGCCAAACAAGUGGUAACAAACUCCAGUCUGCUUAAAGAAAUAGAUUUAUAUACGGUUAAGAAAGAAGAUCUAAACUUUGAAGCAAAGUUUCAUCUUCAGGUGCGUCGCAACGACUUCAUCCAGGCGCUUGUGACGUUCUUCAACGUGGAAUUCACGAAGUCUCACAAACGCCUCGGCUUCAGCACGGCUCCGGAAGCGCCAUAUACACAUUGGAAACAAACUGUCUUCUACUUCGACGAGUAUAUGACGGUGAAGAAGGGUGAAGAGAUCCUAGGGACGUUUUCGAUGCGGCAGAACGCGCGCAACAACCGCGAUCUGGACUUCGAGGUGGAAAUCUCGUUCAAGGGCGAGCUCUGCCAGGUGCAGGAGAAGAACCACUAUAGGAUGCGUUGAAACUGUUACAAUAUACAAUAUACUGCUCUACUGGACACUUACAAACCUGAUCAAUAUGAUUGUUGGCAUACAUUUCUUUAAGACUGCUCACUAAAAGUUUCCUCUAAGGUUGAAAUCUAUACAGCGCACUUUGUUUCAAGCUACUCGACAUUGGCGAAGUGCAUUAAGCUGGGUUGGUACUACAAAAAGCCACCAAUCAAGUGAAGAAGAGAAAGACUUUGGUUAGACUAGUUAAAACGAGACAGAUUUAUGCCAGCGGUAUAACGCUGUCUCGUUUUAACAGUGUCUUAAGUCUGCAAUGUGCGCUCUAUAGAUCUCAGCCUAAAUGAUCAAAUAAACACUAGUUAUUACCUUCGUCAUCGGCCUUUAAUUUUUUUUUUAAUAACACCCUUUGAAAAAGAUCUGGACUUUGAUGGGAGUUUUCAAGGGGAACUCUAAUAGAUACCGGAAAAGAGCCAUUAUAGGAUGAGCCAAAACUUAGAAUAUAGGAUACAUUACUGAACACUUAUGACUCUUCGACAAUAAUAUUGUCCAUAUACAUUUCUUUGAAAUCUUUGCUUGAAUUCUUCACCACUCAUAAUUCAGUCUCUAAAUUUCGUCACUGUCCAUCUCGGAGGGUAUAAAAGAUGGAAGAGUGUUUUCUUGGCAGAAGAUGAUCACAAUCCGAGGGUCUACUCGACGAAUAGAAAAAAAUCAAAAUGGCGGAAAUUGUUUUUCCAUAGAAAAUGUAUGGCGAAUAUUAAAGAGA